GAGUCGGAGCUGCGCAUGUCUGCGAGCAGGCUCACUCACAAGCCAGGCAGGAGCCGCUCGUUCAUAGAGCCGAGGGAAGGAAAAUAAUAACGCCGUGGACGCCUCCGAGAAGGAAAGAAAAGAUAGGAAUUAUACGAAUUAACGAUGAGGAAAUUGCUGCAAAAAUUAAGGCCGUCCACGUGAGGAUACGCCGCGUCGAGAAGAGAACCAAAGGCGUGUAGUGAGAGAAAGAGGGAGAGAGAAAGAGAGAGCGACCCAGCCAGCCAGCCGGCCGAAGCCGCUACCACCCCUCCACUCAUCUCCGAGUGGAUGGUGCAGAUUUCUUUACGGCUAAAAUAAAUGGGAGAAGUUGGGCCUCGACUCCCGGGGCAAGGGGCCGAGUGCUGUACCGUGAGGGAAAUAACGGCCCCUGCCAUCCUGACUGAGUACUCUCGAGCCACCGCCUUCCAGAUUAAACGUUUAUAAAAAAAUUGCCCGCAAAGAUUGACGUUAAUAUAAACAAACACUGCGAUUUCUGCUGGAGAUUAUCUCUUCGUCAUUUUUGUGGCUUUCUAUUCCCAGUAGGAUUGUGCGCAAAAAUAUCUUGGAGCAAACAUGUCGGCAAAGGUGAGGCUGAAGAAGUUAGAACAGAUAUUAAUGGAGGGGCAUCAGAAGAAUGAAAAUUCACUCAGCGUCGAGACUCUCUUGGAUCUUUUAAUCUGUUUGUACAACGAAUGCAGCAGUUCCCCCCUAAGGAGAGAGAAAUAUGUGUCAGAAUUUCUUGAGUGGGUUAAACCAUUCACAACCACAGUGAAGGAAAUGAGACUCCACAGAGAUGACUUUGAAAUGCUAAAGGUCAUUGGACGAGGAGCCUUUGGAGAGGUGGCAGUUGUUAAAAUGAAAAAUACAGAGCGGGUUUAUGCAAUGAAGAUUCUUAACAAGUGGGAAAUGUUGAAGCGAGCUGAAACUGCUUGCUUUCGUGAGGAGAGGAAUGUUUUAGUCAAUGGAGACUGCCAGUGGAUCACUACCUUGCACUAUGCCUUUCAAGAUGAUAACUAUUUGUAUUUAGUCAUGGACUACUAUGUUGGUGGAGACCUUCUAACACUACUCAGCAAAUUUGAAGAUAGGCUUCCAGAAGAUAUGGCCAAAUUUUACUUGUCAGAAAUGGUUUUGGCAAUUCAUUCCAUUCAUCAGCAUCACUAUGUUCACAGAGAUAUAAAGCCAGACAAUGUGUUACUUGAUAUGAACGGACAUAUACGUCUUGCUGACUUUGGUUCCUGCUUGAAAAUGAUGGAGGAUGGUACAGUACAGUCAUCGGUAGCAGUGGGCACGCCAGAUUACAUCUCCCCAGAAAUUCUUCAGGCAAUGGAAGAUGGCAUGGGAAAGUAUGGGCCAGAAUGUGACUGGUGGUCUUUAGGUGUAUGCAUGUAUGAAAUGCUGUAUGGAGAGACGCCUUUCUAUGCUGAGUCUUUAGUAGAAACAUACGGGAAAAUUAUGAAUCAUGAAGAGCGUUUCCAGUUCCCAUCACAUAUUACAGAUGUUUCUGAAGAUGCAAAAGACCUUAUUCAAAGGCUUAUUUGCAGCAGGGAACGCCGACUAGGACAGAAUGGGAUUGAAGACUUUAAAAAGCAUCCCUUCUUCAUGGGUAUUGACUGGGAGAAUAUCCGCAACACUGAAGCACCAUAUAUUCCUGAUGUUAGCAGUCCCUCAGAUACCUCUAACUUUGAUGUGGAUGAUGAUGUGCUGAAAAAUCCGGAUGUUGUUCCACCAGCCUCCCACACUGGUUUCUCUGGACUGCAUUUGCCCUUUGUAGGAUUCACAUACACUACAGAAAGCUGUUUCUCUGACAGAAGCUCUUUGAAGAUGAUUAGGAAUGCAGAUGAUGCCUUCCCUGAUUCUGAUUUGCAGAGAGACUUGGACAACAGCCUUCAGGUGGAGGCUUUCGAAAGGAGAAUUAAAAGACUUGAGCAAGAGAAACUGGAACUAAGUCGCAAAUUGCAAGAGUCUACGCAAGCUGUGCAGUCACUUCAUGUCUCAGGCAGAGGGUUAGGAACAUCAAACAGAGAAAAAGAAACAAAAAAAUUAAAUGAAGAAAUUGAGCGCCUAAAGAAGAAAUUAGCAGAUUCUGAUCGUCUGGAACAUCAACUGGAAGAAGCAGUAGCACUACAGCAAGAAUAUGAAAACUGUGUAAACAAACAAAAGGCUCUUGAAAAGCAAGUCAAAGCACUUAAGCAGGAAAAAGAAGAUUUUCAUAAGCAAUUAGUAGAGGCCUUGGAGAGGCUAAAAUCUCAGACCAAGGAGCUAAAAGAUGCUCACCAGCAGCGUAAACUGGCUAUGAAAGAGUUCUCUGAGCUUAAUGAGCGCAUGGCUGAGCUGCUCUCCCAAAAACAGAAACUGUCACGACAUCUGCGAGACAAGGAGGAGGAGAUGGAGGUGGUCAUGCAGAAAAUUGACUCCAUGAGACAGGAUAUGCGAAAAACAGAAAAAGCCAGAAAAGAGCUGGAAGCCCAGCUUGAAGAUGCCUUGGCUGAGGCUUCAAAAGAGCGAAAGUUAAGAGAGCACAGCGACAGUUAUUCCAAGCAGCUGGAAAGUGAGCUUGAAACUCUCAAGGUAAAGCAGGGCGGUCGAGUUGCUGGUGUCAGCUUGGAAGCACAGCAAGAACUCUCAAAGGUGAAAUCAGAGCUGGACAAGAAAAUCUUGUUCUAUGAAGAGGAGUUGGUGCGACGGGAGGCAUCCCAUUCAUCAGAGCUCAAAAAUUUGAAGAAAGAGGUUCAUGAUUCAGACAGUCAACAGCUGACCCUUCAAAAGGAGAUACUGAUGCUCAAGGAUAAACUUGAGAAAUCAAAACGUGAAAGGCAAAGUGAGAUGGAAGAAGCUGUUGGAACUUUGAAAGAAAAAUAUGAACGCGAAAGAACUAUGCUAACAGACGAAAAUAAGAAGUUAACAACUGAAAAUGACAAGCUUUGCUCAUUUGUUGAUAAUCUGACUGCCCAGAACCGGCAACUAGAAGAUGAAUUUCAAGACUUGGCAGCCAAGAAAGAAUCUGUUGCCCACUGGGAAGCUCAGAUAGCAGAAAUCAUCCAAUGGGUGAGUGAUGAAAAAGAUGCCAGGGGAUACUUACAAGCAUUAGCAUCAAAGAUGACAGAAGAACUUGAGUUGUUGAGAAACUCUAGCUUGGGAUCCAGGCCAUUGCAAAAUACUACAGUAAACAGUCCAUUUCAGAGGUCUUUGAUCCCAAAUGUUGGAGAUAAAUUGGACCCUCUUUGGAAGGUGCGGCGCAGCCAGAAGCUGGAUAUGUCAGCUCGCCUUGAGCUGCAGUCGGCCCUUGAAGCAGAAAUUCGUGCCAAACAACUUGUACAGGAGGAGCUGAGAAAAAGCAAGGCUUCAAACAUAUCUUUUGAAAGUAAACUGAAAGAAUCAGAAGUGAAGAAUAGGGAAUUAAUGGAGCAAAUUGAGGUAAUGAAGAAAGAGUUGGAAGACAACCGAUCACGUGCUGAAAAAGGUUUGAAACUUCCUGACUUUCAGGAAUCAAUUUUCGAAUACUUCAACACUUCUCCACUUCCGCAUGACUUAACAUUUAGGGAUUCAGUCUCCUCCUCAUCUGCAUCCUCUCUGCUAGCAUUUUGGGAUGAAACCAGUUCAAUUAGUGAACUAGACACUUCUUUGCAGAAGCCUGAAGUCUCUUCCUCCCAUCCUGUAGUAAUAGAGCCAGAGGAACCAGCAAAAGCACCAGACAUCAACCCAGUUACUACUGCCGCUGUUGGUUUUUCUUCAUCCUUAAAUGUCCCAAAGCCAAAAGCUCAUCGUUUGAGUAUUAAGACAUUCUUGAGUCCUACUCAGUGUACUCACUGCACCUCCCUGAUGGUGGGUUUGAUACGUCAAGGUUAUGCAUGUGAGGUCUGUUCCUUCAUAUGUCACACUUCCUGUAAGGACAGCGCACCAGUUAUUUGUCCAAUACCACCAGAGCAGGCCAAAAGACCUUUGGGCAUUGAUGUCCAAAGAGGCAUAGGAACAGCAUACAAAGGAUUUGUCAGGAUCCCCAAACCAACAGGAGUGAGAAAAGGGUGGCAGCGCGCUUUUGCAGUUGUUUGCGAUUGUAAACUUUUUUUAUAUGAUGUACCUGAGGGAAAAUCUACACAACCUGGUGUUGUAGCCAGCUUAGUCUUAGAUCUUAGAGAUGAAGAUUUUUCUGUAAGCUCUGUAUUGGCAUCUGAUGUGAUUCAUGCAACAAGAAAAGAUGUACCCUGCAUUUUUAAGGUAACUUCUUCUCUUUUGAGUUCUCCUUCAAAGUCCUAUUCACUGCUAAUCUUGGCUGAAAGUGAAGUAGAAAAGAGGAAGUGGGUUGGAAUCCUGGAGGGGCUGCAAAAUAUCUUGAACAAGAACAAACUGAAAAACAGAGUGGUGCACGUCCCACAGGAAGCCUAUGAUAAUACACUGCCUGCAAUUAAAACAACAUUAUCUGCUGCUAUUGUAGACCGGGAGCGCAUUGCCCUUGGCACAGAGGAAGGUCUAUAUGUUGUAGAAGUUACAAGAGAUGUAAUAGUGCGAGCUGCUGACUGUAAGAAAGUGCACCAGAUUGAGCUCAUUCCCAAAGAAAAAAUAAUCAUCCUCAUAUGUGGCCGUAACCGUCAUGUGCACUUAUACCCAUGGUCUACACUGGAUGGGCCUGAAACAAAUUACGAUGUCAAACUUCCUGACACCAAGGGAUGUCAAACUCUUACCACAGGUUCCCUCAGGCAAGGUGGACCUACUUGUGUGUUAGUAGCAGUUAAGAGGCAAGUGUUAUUCUAUGAGAUUACCAGAAGUAAACCUCACCACAAGAAAAUAAUGGAGUUGAAUGCACCUGGAACAAUUCAGUGGAUGGCCCUGUUCAGGGAUCAGCUUUGUGUUGGCUAUCCUUCUGGAUUCUCAUUACUAAGUCUCCAGGGAGAAGGUUCUGUCACAAACUUGGUCAAUCCAACUGACAGCUCCUUAGCCUUCCUUAGCCAGCAGACAUUGGAUGCUCUUUGUGCUGUAGAUGUUAGUACCAAUGAAUACCUUCUCUGCUUUAGCCAUCUUGGCAUCUAUGUGGAUUCUCAAGGUCGAAGGACACGAAUGCAGGAGCUUAUGUGGCCAGCAACUCCGAUCGCGUGUAGUUACAGUUCAUCCUACCUUACUGUCUACAGUGAAUAUGGUGUUGAUGUCUUUGAUGUGACUUCAAUGGAGUGGGUUCAGACUAUUGCUUUAAGGAAAAUCAGGCCAUUAAAUGUCGAAGGCACACUAAACAUCCUCAGCUGGGAGCAGCCAAGACUGUUAUACUUCAGUAACAACUACACUGAAACUGCUGAACUGGCCAUUCCAGAAACCUGCGACAACAGUAAGAAGCAAAUGGUACGCACUCGAAGCAAAAGAAAGUUUGUAUUUAAGGCACCUCUGGAGGAGAAGAUGCAGCAAAGAUGGGAGAUGCUAAAGGACCCAGAAAUGAGGUCUAGGAUGAUCUCCAAUCCAACAAACUUCAACCAUGUGGCUCAUAUGGGACCAGGUGAUGGAAUGCAAGUUCUUAUGGAUCUGCCUUUGCAGAAUGAAUUUCCUUCCCCCUCAUCCUCUCGACACCAUGCUUUGAUAUCUCCUCCAACCAACUUUGAGCACGUCUAUCACAUGAGCCCUAUUUCUGCAGAAAUCUAUCUUCAGAAAGACCAUUCCUCACUGCAAGGCCUCUCACCGCUCUCUUCCUCCUCCUCUCCCUCCACCACUUCCUUAGCAAGGAGUGUUUUGCCUACAACUCAAGAUGAUCAGUCCAGAGAUAGACAAAGACCCAUGUCGUCUGCUAGUAUCACUCGACAGCAUCAACAGAGGAGUAAAAGUUACAUCACACGAACAGCAUCGGGGGGUACAGAUUUUAGCAGCUCAGCAUCAUCACGCAACAUCUCAGAUCCUGACCAAGAUUUUGAAAAAGAGCCGGACUCUGACUCCACCAAACAUUCAACUCCUUCAAACAGCUCAAAUCCCAGCAGCCCUCCAAGUCCCAAUUCCCCACAUCGCAGCCAGCUUACCCUCGACGGUCUGGACCAUUCCACGUUUGAUGUUUGAAACAACUACUUUGUUCCAGAAAGGAUAUUUUUAAAACUCUUUCUUACUUUGCUUCAGGAUGGAAAACAUCAGGACUUGAGGAUCUUGAAGAAAUGUUGCUACAAGAAAGUGCCAAGUACAGCUUGUAUUUAGUUUUUAGGUUUUUUUCUUUUUGAUCAGUGUUGCACAGAAAAGAAUCGUGAUCCUUUAAUUUCUUCUCACAUCAGUUUACUCCAAAUCAGAAUGACUUUUAUUUUUUUAAAUAGAUUUCAUGAUUUCUUUUUCAAGCAUAAUUAAUGAGCGAAUCACUUAGGAUUCUGUUCCUAAUGGGUUUCAUCUGCAAAUGACCUUGUUAAUCGUGUCAACGGUAUAAGAACAGGAUGGGUGUUCUCAAGGUCCUUGCAAGCUACUGUGUGUGGGAUAUGAACUUAGCAGCACGGAGAAGCAAACCUCAGCUUAGAAUUUCACCAGAGGCUGCUGGCCUGGUGUCAGGCAUUCUGAAGUUAUUUCUUCUGCUGUUCAGAAAGCUGCAAGUUUCCCCCAUAUGUUUGUAUGCCCGCUUUGUAGCUCUUUAUAUCUUUCAAUAUGUAUUACAAAGGCCCAGACCAGAGGGGUCGUGCAAUGAAUCUCUGCAGCAUGUUGUUAUGCUGACUGUAAGAAAUUCGGCACAGUGGAUGAUCCAUAGCAAAGAAUUUAUCCCAGAAAGGACAAAUGGAGCCCCAUGGUUCAGCUCUGCUGGAUAGUUUUGUUCAGCAGUUUCUACUUACAUGUUCCAGAAGAGUCCUAUUUUUCCUUUUAAAAUUUUAAGAAAUAAUCCUAGCAUCACAAAUUAUGAAAAUUAUUGAUUACUCUGACUAACUUUUCUUCAUUGUGGAUAAGGAUCAAUGGACUGCUGAAACAGUCAGGAACUGCAGCUGCAAUCCACUUUUAGCAUACAUUAGAGACAUUCAUCUCUUCCUGUUCUUUUGCACUGUCGGGGUCAAAAAUGAAAAUGCCAAUAUCUGACUCUUCAGGGUUUAUGCAGUGCCAGUAGUCACUACUGUGAAUGUCUGUGUCAGUUAGCUUUGUGCAGUGCUUUAUCAGUAAUGUACAGCACGUAGAGAGAGGCUGCAGACUAUGUAAGACUCAGCUUUUCCUGAGACACAUGCGAGCUCCUUGCAAUAGCUGUAAAAUUGCUUUGAAAUGGUUACUUAAGGAAACUCUCACUGCGUAAUGCAUAGGAUCGAUUGAAAUAUCCAUGAACUCUACUCUCCGCGGUGUACUUAUGUCACAUCUUGAUGUGCGUGACAGCCAGCCCAUUUCAUGUAUGACAUGUUGUUUGCUUUGUGAAAAAUUGCAAAAACAAAAUGCCCCCAUGGUGCGCACACAGCUGCUCAUUACUAACCAACUGUUUUGUUGCCAUUUUAUCCCUGCCACUUUCUUCCCGAGUUUUAUCCAAAUGUUUGUGAACACCCCUCAUUUAAAAGCUUCUAUUUGACAGCCAUCAAUGGCCUAUAUCCAGUGCGUCACACAAGUGUGCCUUCUGUGACAUUACAGUAACAUCCGUGAUAUCUGGAGCACCAGUUUGUUUUUUUUUUUUGUUUUUUUGCCCGCCUGCUGGUGCCUCAUACGGUCUUUUAAUUUGUUUGUUUGGUUUUUUUUUUGUUUUUUUUUUUUGGUCCCCAAACUCACACCCCCCAAGCCUUCCCUUUAGUAUUUUUCUUUGUGAAGUCGCUCAGUAUUUAAGUCAAACCUUGACUGCUUUCCAGAUUUCUUUCCCUUUUUUUUAAUUGUAAGUCUUUAUAAUUAAUGAAAUUUAAAAAGCAGAAAAGGUAAUAAAGAAAAAGGGGAUUUUUUCUUUUCGUAAACUUAAUUUCUAUUUUUUUGCAACUGUGGCAAAAUGGAAGAUAUUUUAAGUUAUUAAAGAAGCCAAGUCUUGUGGCCAAGCA